UUGGGGGAACUUUUUGGAUUUCUCGCGAGUCGCAGCAGCAGCUCCUCGAUCCAGCGCAGCAGACCACCGACGACAAGAUGGCGGAAGCAUUGACAAAGGCGGUAGUCCGCCAAGCACCCAACUUCAAGCUGGGAACGAAGCAAGUCUUCCUGCCGAACCAUGUCGUCACCCUCAUCCGCAAAGACCGCGCGCCGGCGAACUGGGCGACCUUCAACGUGCCCCUGACCUUCACAAAGUUCGACCUGCGCGACUACCUCUGGAACCUGUACGGCGUGGAGGUGACGGCGGUGCGGUCGUGGGUGAAGCAGUCGCCCAUCGAGCGCAAGGGCGCCUCGGCCGGCUACUACCGCCCGCAGAGCCAGAAGUUCAUGACGGUGCAGAUGACCAAGGCCUUUGUGUGGCCCAGCCCGCCCGGCGACCUCGAGCCGUGGAACAAGAAGCUGUGGGACGCGCGCGAGGCGACGUCGCAGAAGCAGGCCCGCGAGGACGUCGCCCGGCAGCUCGGCAAGCUGCCGUACCCGAGCAAGGACAAGGAGAGCGCCGAGCGCAAGAAGCUGCGCCGCGAGGCGGCCUUGCUGAUGGAAGGCAAGAAGGACUUCAAGAGUGACGUACAGUUGGACAGCAAGUGGGACCAGAUCGUCAAGGCAUCCAAGGGGAAGAAAAACUCAUCAUAAGGCAGAGCGAGGUUACUGGAGGAGGGGGCGGGGAGGGGGCAAACGGAUGACGGGGGUUGUUACGUGUACAAAAUCCAGGAGAGCACUUUGUUAACAUGCAGGUUGCAUGUUUUGUACAACACACGAAA